AUGGAACACCCUCGUUAUGCUGUGCUUCUAUGGGCGGUGACAGCAGGAUCUCAGGGAGAUUCGCUGGGAUCGGACGAAACUGAUACUGUUGCUUUGGGCUGGAGCGUUCUCGAUCUCUCUAACAGCAAGGUCGUCCUCUCUCAAGUGGACUAUGUCAAACCGCAGACUGUCGAUAUAAACGAUAACGUGCAACUGAGCGAUGAGUGCAAGGAGUGCAAUGUGACGGAGGAAAAUAUCAGAGAGGCCAGAUCGCUGGAACAGGCCAUCGAGGAGUUCAUCGGUCUGAUCGAGAGCCGCCACGAUUGCAAUCAUCCCACUGAUUUUCAGCUGAUCACAGACGGUCAACUGCAUCUCAGACAGGUUCUCCAACCCGAGGCGAUCCGUCACCGUGUACAGUUGCCGAGCUGUUUUUUUUCGUUCUUCGAUCUCAGGAAAGAAUUUUCCCGUUUCUACAAUGCUGAAUCCCCCAACAGCAUCGCGGAUAUGCUCAAUUAUCUGUCUCUCGAAGCCGAUGGGAGCGCAGAGUUCAUUCCUCGUCAGCUCCAGAACAUGUCACAGAUCGUUUGCCGCAUGCUCGGCGACGGACAUAAAUUUAUGGAGCCAGAAAACAUUCUCCGACGGCUGGAACCUGGAUUAUAUUCCAAGAGUGAAACUAUAGACAGCGGAUGUGUAGCUCGAGCUAGAGGUCUGCCAUGGCAAAGUUCCGAUCAGGACAUCGCUAAUUUCUUUCGAGGACUCAAUAUAGUCAAGGGAGGAGUGGCACUGUGUCUCACGGCGAUGGGACGCCGGAACGGCGAAGCGCUGAUUCGCUUCGAGAGCCAAGAGCACAGAGAUCUGGCCUUGAAACGACAUCGACAUCAUAUCGGACAACGAUACAUAGAAGUUUACCGAGCUAAUGGCGAAGACUUCCUCAAUGUCGCUGGCUGCAAUAAUAAUGAGGCUCAAGCUUUCCUCUCCCGGGGCGGUCAGGUCAUCGUGCGUAUGAGAGGUCUUCCUUACGAUUGCACCGCGAAACAGAUCUUGGACUUCUUCGCUCAAUCAGACAAUCCCAUUCAAGUUCUGAACAAUGAGGAAGGGAUUCUUUUCGUCAAAAAGCCGGAUGGGAGAGCGACUGGUGAUGCCUUCGUUUUAUUCGCCACAGAAGAAGCAGCAUACAGAGCUCUCGACAAGCACCGAGAAAUUAUCGGGGCUCGGUAUAUCGAGCUCUUCAGGAGCUCGACUGCAGAAGUUCAACAAGUGCUGAACCGAACCAUGGAAGCACCUUAUUUGGAGUCCCAAGUCCCACCUGCAACGACGAGUCCCCUGCUCGGGAACCUGCCACAGGUACCUUUGAUGCCUCCACCCUGGCUCCAAGGACCCCAAGUUCAGAUGGCACGAAGGGAUUGCAUCCGUCUGCGAGGCUUGCCCUAUGAAGCACAAGUGGAACAUAUUGUGGAUUUCCUCGGGAAGUUUGCCACAAAUAUCGCCUACCAGGGAGUGCAUAUGGUACACAACGCUCAGGGUCAGCCUUCGGGAGAGGCUUUCAUUCAGAUGGAUUCGGAGCAGAGCGCUUUCCUGACCGCCACUCAGAGACAUCACAGAUACUUGGUGAUCGAAAAACAGAGAUACAUAGAAGUUUUCCAAUGUUCUCUAGAGGACAUGCUUCUGGUAUUACAAGGUGUUCAAGGUCAACCUGCUCCCACGACGCCCGUCAACGCGCUCGCGGCCGCUCCCGCUCCCGACCUGGGAUGGUCGAGUGAUCCAUUCGGAAGAAUCUCAGCCAUACGCUCGCGGAUCGCGUCUCUCGGGGGAUUACUACCGCUGCAUUUGUCACCCCUGUACUCCAAGCACCCAGCGGCUGCAGCCGCGGCGGCUGCUGCUGCAGCGUCCGUCGCCCAGAACGGUCCGAAUCGGGUAUCGCCCACGUCGCCCCUGAAUCGAGUUUCGCCCCUUCUGUUGCCUUCCUUCCCCCUGCCGAUGUUGCUAUCGCAGGCGACCCCACCUCAAUACUAUCCGACGACUCAGCAGCAGCAAGCUGCGGUUGCCGCCGCGGCGUCCCUGUCUCAUCUGGUCUCCCAACAGAACGGUACUUUACAAUAG